CCAAUCUCCGACGACCAAAAACUCUAUUUAGAUAUUUUUUUUUCCCACGCCCCCCGACUCCCUACGGGAAUAAACGCCUCUUUGCUGGUACCCGGCUCCCCCCUCAUCAAAAUUCUCAAAUCCACCGUCUCCAUCCCAAUUCCAUGGUGCAAUAGCAGCACAGCCGCGUUCCGUUUCCUCGCCGUCGCGUCGUCGACGGUCGGCCUCAUCCCAUGGACGCCUCCGCCGGAUCCGGCAAUGCCCCCGGCGCCGGCGCCGGCGCGUCGUCUUGCUGCUACUACGCCCUGCUCGGCAUCCGUAAGAACGCCUCCUCCACCGACGUACGCGCUGCCUACCGACGGCUCGCCAUGAAGUGGCACCCGGAUCGGUGGGCGAGCGACCCCGGCGCGACGGGCGAGGCGAAGCGGCGGUUCCAGCGGAUCCAGGAGGCCUACUCCGUUUUGUCCGACAAGGGGAAGAGGGCCAUGUACGACGCCGGGCUCUUUGAUCCCCUCGACGACGACGACCAGGAUUUCUCCGACUUCAUGCAGGAGAUGCUGGUGAUGAUGGAUAGCGUGAAAAACGAGAAGCCGGACACGCUCGAAGACCUGCAGAAGAUGCUGGAUGACAUAGUUAACGGCGACGGCGGUAGCCGCGCCACUGCAGGUGCUGGUAGCGCCGGCGGCGGCGGCGGCGGCGGCUGCGGCGGUCGCGUUCCACCGGAGGCCAACCGGAGAACUCGUGUCGCCCCUUACCCGCAGCCUUCGCGAAGGUGAUGGACGCUCCGGUGUACGAGAUGUGCACACACCGUUGCGCUUGUAGAAGAGAGACCAGAGCAACAAGAGAGCAAUCAGCAUGAAAAAAAAACAAUAAAAAUUUGGCAAACCAGAAUUGUUGCUCAAUCCCCUUGCCGGGGUGGUUACAACUUGAGUACAGUAGUUUUUAGUUCCUCUGUGAUGACAAUUGACGCCGUCGAUCUGCUGAAUUGUGUUACUUUGGCUGGUUCGUGCUUCGGUCGCGGCCCAAGAAUUGGCCGCCCAGCGGCGAUUCCAUUAUCUUUCGGGCCCUCUCGUCCCUUUCAGUUAAAUUUGAUCUCCCAAUUGCUGCUGGAAUAUACACACACUACCUUAUCUCCA